AUAAUACUUAUUCUCUUCGUAAAAUUUGUAGACGUUGUAAAAAUUCUCUUAUUUUCAAAUAAAUUUUUUAAUUCAUUUACUUUGAAUAAAAACCGAUCAUUAAUAUCAACCCCAUCCCGCUGAUGUGAAAUUGAACUUACGUUCAUAGAUGGCAGGUAAACACAUAAACAAUACCUAAAAGCGGAAAAAAUUGCAAAUUAAAACAAGAAAGAAGUGUCAAAAGUGAGACGUUCACAAUAAAAUGGGGCCUAAAAGAAAGGUGAAAAAUGACAGCAAGCCUGAUCGCAAACAAGAAUCGACUGACAAGAUGAAAGCGGAAAGUGCCACGUUUGCCUCUCUGACAUCUGGUGAUACUUCAAGCUCAGAAGAAGCAUUAAACUCUUCAAAAUAUUCCAGCAGAAAAUUGAACAGCAAUUGGCAAAAAUAUGAUAAAGAAACUGAUUUUGUUCCUGAACCCAGAGGUCUUGAUUUUUCAGAUUUUUCUGGAAAGAAGCCCACAACGAGUACUGAUUCCUACUUCAGAUUUUCGAAUGAAAAGAACUGGGAAGUACUAGAAAAGUUUGAUGACUAUUUUAAGCUAAAUGUAAAUGAUUUAUGCAGAGAAAUUAUGUGUGUACCACUUCAAGAACGGCUGAAACUGGAUUCAAGUGUUUUGACAUCUGAGCAAAUAGAAACUUUUGAUAGUGAUGCCCAAAUGUAUGAGAGUCGAAUGAAAGAACCCUUGGUUCUUACCAAAGAAAUCACUGGGAAAAUGCUAUCUUUGUUAUCAAAUGAAAUUGAACCAAAAGACAAAGGAAAAUCCUGCACUACAGGCUGGGCUCACUCAAAGGAAGAACAGUCUGACAAACAGCAGAAGACCUGGGAUAGCAACUCUGAAAAUUUCUUCAGUCUCAGUGGUGUGGAGGAAGAAUUAGAUUUAAUAUUGGCCAUGCCAUCAAAAGUAGGCCUAUCACCAUCCAGUCCACUUGAAAUUUCACCCAUUACAGAAGACUUGUCUGAAGAAACAUCUACUGUUCAUUCUAACCUAGAGCUUCAAAAUGAUUGGCUGGAUUCUUUAUUAGAUGAGGACUGAUAUUCCGAGUUGAUAUAUUCAUUAAACACUUGGCUUUAUCCUUUAUCGCGAGUUGUGAGAGUAAUUCCUCUCUUGUCGUUCCAAUUCUUCAACAUCAACGAAAAUGAAAAUACACAAGCCGUGGCAGUA